AUGGCGGAGGCGGUCGCAGUAGUGCGCGCGAAGAAGCAGGCGGAGGCGAAUAGCGAAAGGGAAGCGGUGUUAACGCGGUCGGAGAGUUUGCUGGACGAGAAGUUUGACGCGUAUGAGGCGGCCAACUACCGCAUGUGGGCUCGAUCCAAAUCCGAAGCCUUUUCCAGGCGCAAGCCUUCAGGGACUCGCAGCCACAAGAAUCACAACUUGGAUUUCCUCGAUAGCUAUGGCUUCGCGCCGCAAAAUGCGGAGCUCAUGACACGUGUCGAAGAAAGCUCUUCGUUCAAUCAGGGUUAUGGCAGCAACGGCUUCUUCAGGGGGGAUUGCGAGGAGAGUGGGGCGGCCGAGAGGAUGGCGGAGGAAGGGAGACUUGGCGGAGAAGGUUUGAAGACAAAGGGAGCGCGGGACAGCAGCGGCAGCAGCAGCAGCGGCAACAGCGGCAGCAGCGCAAGCAGCCACGAGAGCGCGGCGGAGGAUGAGAGGGGGCUGCGUGGUUUCCUGCGGCAUUGCCGCAAGAAGGACAGGCGGGCAAGCGCGCCCGACCAGAGCUGCGCGGAUGGCGCGGAGGGCGGAGAGGGGAAGGCGACCGCGCCAGGGGCCGCUCUUUUGAAGCGCAGCUUGACGGGCGACACUGAGGGGAAGACGAUGUCGACCAUGGAUACGACGGCGGAUAAGGCCAUGGAACGGGGCGCGCUUAACGGCGUGACGGAGAGCAUGACGGGCGGGACCUUGCUGCGGUCGGCGAGCGACGCACUGCAGGACGCGGAGAUGGACGAGAUGGACAGAGAGGUGCUGCAAGAGGCGUUCUUGCGCGUGGUGGGGCUGCAGCAGCGCGUGCAGUACUACCGCGACCUGGGCGGGUUCGUGGUGCUCAUGGCGCUCUUCAUCACCAUCCUCUACCUCCAGGCCGACUCCUCCCGCAGCUACGAGAUCACCGCCGCGCACGCAGUGCUCUUUCCCCCCUCCUCUUCGCUCACCCUCCGCCCUGCGUGUGUGUCUCCCCGCCCACCACGAGAGCAGGGCAUGCGUCAAGAUGCGUCCAACACCUUCAACGGCCCGGAUGACUUCUACAGCUGGCUCAACACCAGCAUCGUGCAGAGCCUCUGGGCGGACCUCACGUGUGGAGACGGCACAUGCCACCACCCCUUCCAGUUCCCCGCGUUUGGCCGCUUUGGCUGCCAGGCGGACUGCGGCACGUUUCCAAACCUCACCUCAGUGGUGGUCAGAUUGUCCUCUCAGCUCGACACACAGCAGGCUGCUGAUGAAUCUUCCUGGAACCUCUGCAUGGUCAACCCGGUCUCCCUCUGCUGGUACGAGUCAUUCCAGCCAUUUCCACGGGGCGAGACGGAGGUGUCGGUGGCGGUGGACAUUCCGGACGGCGACUGGGUGGUGGUGCUCAACGCGCCCGCGGGGGGCAUCCGCGGCACCGUGCACGCGCCCCCUCCCGGCACGCGCCGCUUCUCCGUCGUCGGCGCCGCCUCCACCGUUGAGCUCGCCGCCUGGGGGUACUGCGCACUUGAUGAUGGCGUUGCGGCAGCCAAUCAGACAGAGCCAAGUGGCGGCGCUGCUGGUGCUUCGCCUGACAUCUGUCGUGAUACAUGUGCAAGGCUGGUGGUCUGCCUGCCAGCAACCUGUGGGCGAGCAUUCACGGAGCGGGAGGUGGCAGGGGCGUUCGUGGACUGUGCGCGCAUGUGCAUCGUCGCACCUUCUUCCAUCACCACCUACGCCGACACUCCCUGCCCCAUGCCGGAUAUCGCAUCGCUAUUUUCCAACACACCAUGCAACGUCUCAGGUAUGUAUGCACUAGCUACCUGCAUGUGCCAGCACCCCACGCUCGCCUUCCUCACCUCCUUCCGUUCUUGCCAUGCGCAUGUGCAUCAUCGCACCUUCUUCCAUCACCACCUACGCCGACACUUCCUGCCCCAUGGUGCGUCCCUUGCCCCUUGCUCCUCUCCCUGCCCCAUGGUGCGCCCCCUGCCCCAUGGUGCGCCCCCUGCCCCAUGGUGCGCCCCCUGCCCCAUGCCCAUUGCGUUUCUUCUUCCUCUCUGCCCCCGUCCUCAGCCCACUCUUCCUGUCUCUCCCUCUCUCCUGCCUGCCACACAACUCUUCUUCCAAUGCCUUUUCACCCACCCUCUCCAGCCCGAGAUCGCAUCGUUGUUCGCCAACACACCAUGCAACGUCUCAGGUUCAGACGCAACGGCUCGUUUGCCUCAAAGCAGCCGCCGCAAGGUGAUGCCAUCCCCACUUCGUGCCAUCCCUCUGUGUGUGAUUCACUUGUUAUCCCUCAACGGGAAGCAGGUGAUGACGCUGGCAGACAUGUUUGCUUACCUCAAGUACCGGCAUAUCGGGCACAUGAUCUCGGCGCAGCACAUGGUGCGGUGGGUGCAGACGGUGGCAGCGGCGGUCAGCUCGGUAACGCCCGUGCCGGACGUGGCUGCUGCUCGCCUGAACGCCCUCAUGCACUCCUUCAAUGAUGCCAUCAUUUCGUCCAACGGUGUCGGCUGCUCUCAAGGUGCUCAUGGCCGCUGGUCCUGGUGGUGGCUGGAUGCAUGA